GUCGUCAUCGCCGUCGGACCGCAUCUGCGCAUUUUCCAGCUGUGAGUUUCCCUCACAGGCGAGGUUCUGCCUGUCCCGGAUCGUCGUGUAUACGCCGACACAGCAGACCGGCAGGGAGAAAUCAAGGGAAAAUCCUCGAUUACCAUUCACAUAUCGUUGAAUCAUUAUGUACAAAACAGUGCGGAAAGGCGAUGCCAGUCUGCAGUACACGAUACUGCCACAGACAGAUCAGUUCUCGCCCGGCGGAUUUCCGCAGGCUUCCGGCAAACCCCGGCCGAGGAUCAUCAAGUACACGAUGGCCACUAUAAUGGUGCUGAUCAUACUGUCCUGCGUGGCCACACCGUUCCUGAUGAAUCAGAACGAUCACAACCUCUUCGCCAACACGAUGCGAGCGAUUAGCCGAGCAGAGCCAGUCAAGAACACGUCGAGAAACCAAACGAAAAAUGUCAGCGAGGGUAAGAACAGAGAUAGAAUUUCAACUACAACGGUAUCGACGACCGAGGUUACAAGGAGGAAAGACCUCGAAGAUGGCACGACCUCCUUUAAUGUAAUUCUCCGGGGUGAUGAUGAGGAGGAGGAGGCUAUGGUUGAUGACGCUACAUUAGCAGACGCGCCGGAAAUCAGCACACAAGUGAUCUCGAGCAUAGAAACGUCGACGAGAGACCGUCAAAUGGCAAUGACUUCCGCUCUACCGUCGACAACGAUCUCUUCGGCAUCGUCAACGACAUCGAAGGCGUCUUCGAGCGGCACGACGGAGAACGCGAAGACGCUGAGCACGCCCAAAAAGCCGAAAAUGCCGAGGGUGACCCUGAAGCUGCGAGAGAACGAGACCAUACCGCAGAUGUACGUGAAGGCGGGGAUAGCCUCCUACAAAAAGGGCAAUAUCACCACCAGCGUCCUCGCGCCACGUCUGAGUCUCGAAGGCUUGAUAUUCAAAACCCCGGAGGGCACGAUAAAACCCUGGUCUCAGAAGUGGUUCUUCGGCGAGCCCUCCGAUUCCGACGUCAAGACGUGGAAAGUGUUCGCCGUAAACCACAUGCCGAUGAUAACAGUUUAUGCAAUCUUUGGAGGAAUGUGCGCAACAGCGUGCGGCCUAAUCGCCCUGAUGAUUCACGUGCAACGUGGUGCACGUAAAGCGUUCAGACGUGCAGGGCAGAACGUCGAGGAGCCGGAGGUCGAGGAGCACGAGUCGACCUUGCUGGGCGCGGAAAGCCAAGAGAACGAGGAAAAGGAGUAAUCCCGGCGACGAGCACGACGCACCCGUACAUAGCGCGCGUAAGACUUGCCUAUUUUUACAAACACAUGUCGGUUAGACUUAGGCGUCUUCCACGUCGAAUGAUAGAAGAGCGAUAAAACGCGGGCGAGAAGGAUUUUUUUACGAUGUAGUCAGCUGUAGAGAAUCGCGAUAUGAAUCCACGAACAACGUGAUUGUCCCGCCUGAGAUGAAAGAAAGAAUCCAGGAGAUUCGUUUCCUGCGAGACUGCUCACUGCAUUGCCGUUACGCUCAUAGUUUAUCUUUAUGCCACGAUAUAGAUUUUUGAACAAGAGCUUCUCCGCAAAAGCAGAAACAAUCAUGUUGUACAAUCGUUCUUAACGUCACGUUUUUUUAUUUGAAUAUCCGAUUUACAUGCCCGUUAAUAAAUUAGCGACCUGUUAUAUACGUUUGUUGCUGUUGUGUAGUUCGAUUAGUGACAUGAUUACGUAACGAUAUCGCGAUGGCAUUAAUCUUGCGAUAAUCGACUGAUCGUAAAAAUGUUGCGUAAAAAAAAUUUUGUUGUUUGCUAUAUAAAUUUGCGAUAAGAGGCACGGUAGGUUUUACAAACCCGCCAUGACGGGCGCACAAUUGCGACUGUUGAUAAAUUAUAUAUAAAAAUAUAUAUACAGAGAAAAAACACGUAUCUCUCUGGCAAGUUAAGGAGACCAAAAUUUAUAAACUAUUUCAAACAACAGAGCUCUUAUUCUCUUUUAUAAACGCCUGCAAAAGUUCCUACAAAAUUACAAAUUUAAAGAAGUAUUCCAAAGAUAAAGAGGUAUUUCAAAAACAUAGAUGAUAUAACAAAUUUCUAAUUAGGAAAUAAAGUUUCUGACACGCAUAGUUCUGCAUAAAAAGAGUAGAAAUUAACAAAAAUAAUUUUAAAUAAUAAUAAAUAUAUAUAUACUGCCGAAAGGUAGGUUAAAAUUAAUCAAGGGCUUUAGAAGAAAAUUAUUUUCAACCGUAGUACACGCAAUAGCGUGAAAAAGUAAAUGUUAAAAAUGAUCGUACCAUGCAGCCUUGAAAGAUUAAGACAUUUAAAGAAUAAACAAUUUUAGGAUCCGAAAGAGUCUCCUUAAUUCGGCCACCUAUAUAUUUGCUAAACUUUCUAUAAUAUACGAUAUACGUAUAUAAAUACACGAUAUACGAUUAUAAGAUAUUAUGUAUGUGUGUGUCAUCGACCUUUUAUAGCGGAUCUCGAAAAAGCGAAAAGUACUUUUUAACUUUCUGACGUCGAAUUCUAUCUGCGUACAAAAGUAGCCGUACUGCCAGCUACAAUAAAGGGUCCUCUUUCUAGCCCCGUUUAAUUAAAAGUGAUGUUUGACGAACGUACUAGCAGAUAUAUCGGUUAAUCGAUAUCCAUACGCCGUUUAGUCAACAAUAUCUGUCGCGCGGGAAAAUAUAAUAUCAUAUUUUGCAAAAUAUGACGAUAUUGGAUCAGGACGUCAGAAAUAUUAUAUGAAAAUAAUUAAUCAAUCCGAACUUUGCGCGACAAUUGGAAGUUUAAUUAUAGACAGUUUCAUUAAUGCAUUGUUUGAUAAAAUGAUAUUUAUGUAAAAGCGUAUAACAGACUCGGGAGUACAGAGUUGUUUUUCAUGAAACAAAUAUGUAUCAUCGUAGAAAUUAUAUCUUUUACAAGAAAAACUAAACAAAUCGUAUUAUGUCAAAGAGAUUGACAUGGGCAUGCAUUAUAUCGUUAAUGUCGUCAUGAAAACAAUACAUUGCAAAGUAUUAUGUACUUAAAAAUACAAUGUGUCUAAAAUAAAUAGAAAUAUUUUAACAUCUUGAAAAUAUAACUCUAGAAGCUGCGACUUUUUAGCUUAUAUAAUAAUUUUAUGAUCACAUUUUUACAUAAUUUUAAGAUAUAAGAAUAAUUUAAUACUUUGCUAAAUUACUUUUCGUCUUUUACUGUAAAAACAAGUGUAUUAGUUUAUUUGUACUACAAAAAAUAUUAUAUACUACUAAAAUUAAUAA